UCCGGCUGGUGGCCGCUUUGCUUGACUUUAGAGCGUGGCGGGGAGGCAGGGUUCGGGCCUGCUGAGCGCACCGCUGUAGUGGGGUCCGGAGCAGCGUUGUCCGCCGAGAGGGUUGUCCUGCGGCGGUUCUGCCGAAGCGUAAAAGCGGAGCCUAGGAGUACAAGAUGGAGGGAUGGGCGCAGAUGCUCUUUAGGGGCUGGCCCGUGCGCGCAGCCCGCCCCGCUGGAGCUCCCUGUCAGCCCCCGGGCUCCUUCCGAGCGCUGAGCGGAGCGCGGAGGCCCGAAGCAGCGAGGGCCGUGCGGUAAGAGGGCGCGUUGUGGAGUUUUCCUCGGAGCUGAAGAACAAAAGCGAUGUGUCCCGCAGGUAGCAAAUCUAAGCGUGUUCCCGAGUAAUUAACUUCGUGGGGCUGGCAUCUGAGCGUUUAGUAGUAGUAACGGCCAUCUGUGUUGCUCUCACUUAUAAAGGAAAGAAUUUCCCCUCGUUGGUAACUCAGCUCAUGUGAGUGCGUUACUCAGUAGCGGCUGCUCUGUAAAAGGCAGCGGUCCUUCGUCUCGAGUUUGCAGAUGCCUGGGUGACAACUCAGUUCAGAUUUCCUAUAUAGUCUUUAAGCAUCGCUUCUGUUGCUUUGUACGGCAAUUAAAAUAAUUUACAAAGAAUCUUCGGGGCAAACUUUAAAUUUGUGUGUACAGCUUGUGAAUUACGAGUAUCUAUUAAAAAUAACGUUGUGCCAAUAUUUGGAUGCAUAUGAUUUUUAUGAAAUACUUUUUAUUACAGAUCUAAAGACACAGUGCGUUGUUGCUGAUAACAUUGUGUAUUUUGUGUGGCAGUGUGUUUUGUUUUCAGCAGAACAUCAGAAACCAACCUAUCUUGUGACCAAGACAUAGAAAAGUUCUUGUUUUGUGUGGCUUAUGUGCUAUGAGAUGAGCAAAAUUGUUCACCGCGUGUACAACAAUUUGUAGUAGAUAAAACUUAUUUAAUCUUUGCAAAAUUUAUGUUGGUUUUUUGUUUCCUUGUCAAACUGAUAUGUUGUGAAGAAGCUCUGUAAGUCAUAUGUACAAGAGGCUAAAUGGCCCAGUUUGUCACUUCUAAUCUAGCAGAAAGAUGCCUGUCGCUUUAACGUUCUGGAGAUUCAGAAGGGAGUUCAGUGAAAUUUAAUUAAAAAGGCAAAGAUGUUGCCAUGCUGGACUAGAACUCUCAAUUAAAAAUUAAUAAACACACAUUGGGUUGUGACAGAAACUUGAUUGUGUUUGGAUUCCCAUAUCUAAUUCCAGCUAUUUCCACAAGGAUAUGGUUAAUAAGAAAAGAGAAGCGAAAUGGAGACAUCAAACUGAGGGGUCAUAAACUCACGUGGGGGUAAGCUCCUUCAGGAACAGUAUAACCUCAGCUGCAGCGGAAUCCUCUGUAGUCGAAGAGAUGCCCUUGGUUGGUGGUACUCUGGGCGUACCAGGCUUGCAGAGAGAGCACCGGUGUGAGGAAGCCGAGGCAUGCCUGUUAGAGCAGCAGCAGCAACAUGCGCAAUAUUCCUCUAACAGUUACAAUCCUGUUGCCACGGAGAUAAUGACUUAUCCCAUGUCAUUAUUGAUCUAUCAACAGUAAGAGCAAUUUUGCAGUCUGAUAUUGUUUAGCAAAUAGAGUAAUGUCUGCUGAACACUUAAAAACUGCUAUAAAUGUUGGACAGCUUCUCCAAAACCUGGUUAUUGGGUUAAAUAGAAGUACUUGAAUUCAGUUAUUUAUUGCAAUGUUGUGAGAUUGGCUUUGUAAGGUAAUGCUAAGCUUGGCAGGAAACAUUUUAAAGGAAACAUUUAGUUUGGUCAAAUGUUUUUGUAUUUUAAAGUAUGCAGCGCUCUUUAAGUAGAUAAAUACUUCUCACUGCUGGUAAGACUUAGAACAAUUAGUCCACUACAGUUCUUUAUAGUAACAGAGAAUUAAAAAUAUUUGCAAUCUUGUCCAGUGUACUUUUAGACUAAACUGGAACUACUUAUAUUUUAUUUUCCAGACAAUGAUUUAAAUCACCUGUUCACAAGAAGUAUUAAUGGAACUCCCAUGGGAUUUCUGAUGUUUUGCUGUUCUUCCUGUUAGAAGGACUGUUAUCACCUCAUCUUGAAAGCAGUAACAAAAGCAUGUUCAAACUGCAGGCUUUAAACUCAAUCACUUCCAGGCCUUCUGCAGCUGAACAAAAUUAGUAUUUAUGAGUUGAUGGUUUGAGUUUCUUAUACAUUCAGAAGAACAAAGGUGUCUAAGAAUGAUACUGUCACAGAGGCUUUUCCCUCUGGGGAAAAAAAUGGGUGUGUGUGGCAGGGGUGAGGGGGAGGCAGCUGGAUAAAAAGAUCAGAAGUAAAGGCUUGUUUCAGCUUAUCAGGGCAGGACACCUCUUUGUGUCCAAGUCAGAUAUGUCUUCCUUACUUGUGAAAGAACCUGGAAAUGAAGUGUUAUUAUGUGCAUUAACAGUUAAAAACACUUAAGUAGAGCUUAUUAUCUCAUGAAGCUUUUUUUGAAGCUCCUGUUCUGCAUGCUAGGUAAAUAAUUUGAGGCAUACCAUCAGGGCAUCGUCUGGCAGCAUCAGCUUGUCCUUUGAGACCAGUUCGAAUGCUCAGUGUACCUACAGUUCUGGACUGCACAGUUAAAAUCUGUGUGGCAUGCGUACAUUUUGAAUGCUGAAGUAGAAGCUGUGAAACUUUUAUAGUAACUUAUUACUUAACUGGUGAUCUAAACCAGUUGUUGGAUUUGGAUCGUGUAAGGAUCUCUGCCUUUAACAAGGGGAAGUCAUGUUAGUAAUAAACGUAAAAGUGUUCUGAGUCCUGUACUGAGUGAGUAGAAUGUAAAAUGUUCAAGGUAGAGGACAGACCUUUAAAUUAGACACUUCUUAGAUUUCAAAGUAAUUAAUAAUAUAGUACAAAUUAGUACCAAGUAAUUUGUCCCAGUAUGAUAAGUAUACUCAGUCUGCCUUGGGAAUUGUGAAGCUGUCCUGUGGCAAGAACCAUGUGGUGUGAACUUUGGAAUAGGGUAGAAUUGCUGUUUAGUAUAAGCAAGCUUCUUGCAACUAUGUUGCCUGAGCAGAGUCUUUUAGACCUUUGUUCCUUAUUUGCAGGUGAUAGCAAUCCUUGAGUCUUUCAUUAUUACAAAAGAAGUGUAACUUAGAUAUGUUAAUUUCCAUACGCAGUUGAGAAGUGUUACCUCUGAGUAUGCUUUGUGCAUCUCUUGGCCUCUUUUUGACUUGGAGUUAAGAAUGGCAGAAUUUUUCACGGGCUUAAAAAAAACAUUGCACAAAGUUGAGAAAGUAAAAUGUAUCUGUUAAAUACAGGUAUAAUAUUACUAGGUCAAGUAUUGAGCAAAAAAAAAUCUAGAGACAGUUUGUUUUAAGAAUGUUCAGUUGCAGUGAGGCAAGAAAAGUUCUGAUGAGCUUGUAUUUAGUGUCCACGAGAGGGCUCUGUCAGCUCAGGGCUGCCCGCUGAAGGUCUCUGGCUGAGUCACUUCACUAAAAUGGCAGGUUGCAGUAACUGGAUUUUUACUGUCACUGAGGAUGGUUAGAUCUUUUGAAUUCCCUUAUCUUAAUAGUGCAACAAUCGCUUGAGAUAAUAAUUGCUAUUACCGGGAAAAUCCUCCAAUAAAUAAUCAUAGAAUCAUAAAAUGGCCUGGGUUGAAAAGGACCACAGUGAUCUUUGAGUUUCAACCCCCCUGCUAUGUGCAGGGUCGCCAACCACCAGACCAGGCUGCCCAGAGCCACAUCCAGCCUGGCCUUGAAUGCCUCCAGGCAUCCACAACCUCCUUGGGCAACCUGUUCCAGUGCGUCACCACCCUCUAUGAGUGGAAAAACUUCCUCUUAAUAUCUAACCUAAACCUCCCCUGUCCCAGUUUAAAACCAUUCCCCCUUGUCCUAUCACUACCCACCCUCGUAAACAGCUGUUCUCCCUCCUGUUUAUAUGCUCCCUUCAAGUAUUGGAAGGCCACAAUAGGGUCUUCCCGGAGCCUUCUCUUCUCCAAGCUAAACAAGUUCCCUCAACCUUUCCUCAUGGGAGAGGUGCUCUAGCCCUCUGAUCAUCUUAGUGGCCCUCUUCUAUAUAAGUUUGUUGUGGUUUUUUCUUCUGUUUUUGUUUGCUUGUUUUGUUUUAAUUAAGAAUGUACAGCAAGGUAUGCUUUAUUUUGAGAAAUGUCACAUCUGUUGGAGAAACAUCACUGGAACUUUAAUAAACAUCAGUGGCCAUAUCAUCUGCUCCAUGGAACAAGAGAGAUACUAUCAAGCAUAUCAUUACAUGUGGAUUUCAACUGUAUUAGAAGUUUCUCCAAGUAAAUGUUGAAGCAUUUUGCACACAACAGCAUAUUUGUGAAGUAGAUGGAAUUGUUAUGAUGUGCCUUAAAUAUAAGUUUAUUUUAGCAGUAUAAGCAUGGUGCUAUCAUGUUUCAAUAAAGAUUUGUGGUUUUCAUUACAAAUCCUUUAGCCUCUUUUUUUUUUUUUCUUCCUAGAAAUGUGUAUACAUGUGUUAACUUGUCAAGUUCUCAUAAAUUCCCUUUGAAAAAGAAUUACAGUUGAAAAAGAACCAAAUGCUGUGAGCCCAGGUCACGUGAAUUGCUGUUCCUUUAUCUUUUCUUGACUCCCCAGUACUGAAGUAGUUCUGGGGAGUCUUUAGUUAUUAUCAGUGUGAUUUUUAUAUUGGAUAUGGCAUAAAUAAGUUCUUCUGUACAAAUAUUGAGAGUAAUUCUCAACUAUACGUGGAAAUGUUGAGACUAAUUUUUAGCUAUAAACUUAAUGCUUGUGGCAAUGUAGAAGUGACAUCAGGAAUGAAGAAAGUGAGGUUUAAGUGAGAAGCUAAACUGAAAUUAACAAUUAUGAUCAGUGAUAUCCUUACAAAAAGAUGUUUAUACACACUAUUAUAGGAAGUAUUGUGCAGAAUGAAGUCAUCUCUCGCUUGCAUACAUUUUUUGCAUGGGUUUCAGUACUGCAGUGUUCUAUGCUUGUCCUCUGAAGUCUGUAGUAGCUUAUCUCCCUUGCUUUGUUUUAAUUUGUUUCCUCCUGUGACAUCUGAAAUUGUACAGCAGCUACUUAAUUGCAAGAUAAAAGAAAAAAAAAAAAAAACUUGUAUUGAAAAGAUGUGACAUUUAAUUGUAGCACUUGCUUGUCUCCUAAAAGGCCUGUUAUAAGCACAGUUUCUUUUCAUUAAAAUAUAUAGAUAUAUAUAUUUGCACCCUAUGAACAGAAGCCUGGGGAAAAGCUCAGACUUUAAACAAUCACUUAUUGAUAAUGGGGCACUGUAGAGUACAGUAGAGCAGAUAUGUCUGAAUCAUCCUUCUGCUCCCUUCCCCAUCAGUAGCCUUUUAUCUUUGUCCACGGGUUUGUUUUGCUACUAGUUGCGGGAGUCAUGAAGAGACAGAGGUGCAGUUGGUUUCUAUCACUGUGCUUCAAUUUGAGAUGCUUGAUUGUAGAAAGUUGAUCUGCAUUCUUUUGUAGUUCCAUGUUAGGCUAUGGUGGUGAAUUCACUGUGGUGAAUGAUUUAAGGUCUGCGGGCUGGGGAGGGAGGAAAAUAAAAUUAAGGACUUUUCCUAGAACUGUAUCCUCUUUUAAACGUGGACAUACAAGAGACAUUGUUUCUAGCAUGUGUUGCUGCCCCUUAAAAGACUGGAUACAAACAAGUAAGUUGCUUCACAGAACUGGCAUUUCUGGAGGCAGAGAGAUUAGAGUAUGGCUGCAGACUGAGGCUCACAGACAUAAAAAUAGCAAAACUGUUUGUAGCAUGAAUGGAAGCAAGGAGAGACAAAUGUAAUUUAUUGUAAUAAAUUGUUGUAGUAGAAUGCUUGUGGAAUGUUACAUUUCAACAGUUGUCUUUGCUGUUUAUCCUGUGGACUCCAGAGAAUAUUUUUUAAAGCUAACUUCUGGCAUUUCACUUGGAAAAACACAAGGUGUGUGGAGAGGAGAAGUGAAAAAAUCUAACCCACUGGAAUUAGACACAGGAUAUUGGGCUUCAGAUCCUGUGGAAUUUCCAACAGGUCUUGUCUUCCCGCUGGCUUAUCUCCUACUGACUUCAACUGGGGGCAUUGUUGUUAGCUAGCAGAAGUUAAUACUGCAUGCUCCUAAACAUAACCUUCCACUUUGGUUUUGUUUCCUCCACGUUUGCAAGCAGAAGUCAACAUAUCCCUUUCCUCAUCUGCUUUCUCGUGUGGUUAUGUUGUUGCUUCUCCAGAACUUGUAGUCUUCUAGGUGCUCAAGGCUCCCUAGCAUACUAGGCAUCUGGCUACAGUUGGCCGCUGGCUACUACUGUAAUACAGUCAUCAAACUUUUUUGAUCUGCAGAGAGAUUAAUAGUUGUAUAAAAUCUGAGACUUAAGAAAUAUAAAAAUCACAGAUUGGCUGAGGUUGAAAGGGAUGUCUGGAGUCACCUGCUCAAUCCCAGUCCAGGGUGUCCAGGCGGCUUCUGAACAUCUCCAAGGAGGAGAGUCCAUGGUUUCUCUGGGCAGCCUAUGCCAGUGCUCAGAAAAGUUUCCUGAUGUUCAGACAAAACCUCCUGUGUUCCACUUGGUGCCCAGUGCCUCUUGCCCCAGCACGUGGCAUUACUGAGAAGAGCCUGGCUCCAUCCUCUCUGCACCUUCCCCUCAGGUAUUUUUACAUAUUGAUAAGAUUACCCCUCAGCCUCCUACAUGCAAUGCUUUAGGUGAGGCUGCAUCAAUACAAAGUAUAGAAGGGAAAUCACCUCUUUUGACUGGCUGGAUGUGCUGUGUUUAACGCACACCAAAAUGCUGUUUGCCCUCUUGGCUGACAGGGCACACUGCUGGCUCAUAUCAGUUAAUUAAAUUUUCUUAAAAGAAGAACAUGAAGUUCUACAGGUAAGAAAUGAUUUUGAGUUUCAAAGUUUCAAAGUACUUUUAUUUGUCUUUUAGAUCAUUUUUCUCAUCAUUUGGAGAAUUACAUGCAGCUCGCAAAUGGUGCGUGCUUCCUAAGUGCAGCACUCCAAACUAUACAAGCUUGAGCAACCCUACAGUUUGCUCAUACAAAAUAACCUCUGGCUAAAUUCUUUACUCAGAGUGGUGAGGCAAUGGUACAGGUUGCCCAGAGAAGUUGCAGAUGCUCCAUCCCUGGAGGUCUUCAACACUGAGUUGAGUGGAGCCCUGGGCAGCUAGACCUAGUGGGGAGCAUCCUUCCCCAUGGCAGAAGUUGGGGCUAGGUAGAUUUUAAGGUCCUUUCCAACCCAAGCCAUUCUAUGGUAUUCAGUCUUUAAUUCAGGGGGGAAAAAAAUGUAGACAUCUUAGAAACUUUAUUUCCUGCUUAGCUGGUAAUCUUGUUGAUGCCUAAAUGUUACAACUUUUAGGGGAAAGAAAAAAUGCUGCAGGGAGUGGGGCACAGAGAUUCUAUAGUGUCAGCAUUCAUAGCCUACUGAUGACCACAAGAGGAAAAGGGCUUGGGGUUCUGCUCCUGGGUAUUUUGAUGUUCUGUUCAGUAAUUCCUGUGUUACAGGAAUUGCAUGAAGAAGUGGUGUGUAGCUGCUAACCUGCUGACUCCAGGUAAGUGUGCUUAGCAAGCAUUUUUAGUUAUAGUGUUACCCUUCAGCAUUAAACACUCUCAAGGCACUGAAAAGGGAACUGAUCCGCCAUCACAAGGUCCUGCUUCCUUCUACAAGUGGUCUGUCUGCCCAGGAUGUGGAGACCAGCUAUACAGAAGGUAAAUGUCAAAAUGUGAAAUGCUAAGUCUGUAUGAUCUCUGUAUGAAUCCAGAAUCAGUUAGCUUGUCUAAUUGAUGGGAACUUUGCUCUGCUGUUUCUGAAGAUUUGUUGCUUUAGAGCUUUUUAUGACACUUCAUUCCUCACCCACUCAGGAAGAGGUGUUCUGUAGCAACUGCUACCACCGCCUGCUGAAGCUUUCUAUCAAGCCAUGUGCAACAACUUCUCAUAACUAAAAAAAGAAACAACAAACCCCGAGAAGUCCAAGUGUCAAAACCUGUUAUGGCAAAGACAUAUGUCACUGUUUCUUUGAAUGCAAUGACUCAGCAGCUACAGGAUGAAUUUGACAGCAGUGUCGAGAAUGCAGAAGCUUGGAUGAAGGCCAUCCAAGAGAGACUGAGCAUCAAUGACAACACCAAGGGACCUCGAUCUGCCCUAGAAGCCAGGCUGAGAGAGACAGAGAAAAUACGUGAUCUGGAACCAGAAGGCAUGUUGAAAAUGGACUUGAUUCUCACAAAGGCAGAUGCUGCUCUUCACUGUGUCAGUGAGGAUGAGAAACACAAAGUACUGUCUAAGCUGAGACACAUUAAAGCCUUGUGGGAAGAGACAGCCAUUUAUAUUACUCACUGUCACAGCCGUAUUGAGUGGGUCUGGCUGCACUGGAGUGAGUACCUGAAAGCUCAAGAUGAGUUUUACAUAUGGAUUCACAACAUGAGGGUGACCUUGGAGCCUGACAUUGAGUUGCAGCUUGGGUUAAAGGAGAAGCAGUGGCAGCUGAGCCAUGCUCAGGUUCUGCUGAACGAUGUCUUAAAUCAGUCAGUCCUGCUGGAAACGCUGCUAGAGGAAGCUGCUUCCUUGUUCAACAGGAUAGGUGACCCCAGCGUUGAUGAGGAUGCUCAGAAGAAAAUGAAGGUGGAAUAUGAAAGCAUCAGGAAAGAAGCUCAGAACAGAGUGAAACUGCUUGAAAAGAUAACUGAAGAGCACAAGCAGUACAGCGCUAACGUCAACCAGUUCCAAUCGUGGCUGAAUGGUGUGACAGAAAGAUUAAACUGCUGCAUUGGAGAAGCAACCAAGUCUUCAGCAGAGGACAGUCUAAAGGCACUGAAGGAAAUUGCCAAAAACAUUAAGAAUGGUGCAAAGAAAUUGAAACACCUUGAAAAUCAAUGCGCAGAUGUGAUUCAGAAUACCUCCCCACUGGGAGCUGAGAGAUUGAAGGAUGAACUCGAUGACCUGAGAAAAGCUUUGGAGAAGUUGAAACUGCUGAGCAGAGAGGAGGAGCAGAGAUUGCUCAAGAUUCAACAGUCAGAAAGUGCCUACAAGUCCCAAGCCAGACAACUAGAAGCAGAUAUCCAGGAAUUCAGAAAAGAUCUACAGAAACUAGAAAAUGAUUUGGACCCUGGGGAAGGGGAAAAGACUGAAGAUGAGCUUGUAGCUCAGUGGAGAAAAUGCAAUGCAACAAGAGCAGUUCUGGCUGCAGAAGAGUCAAAGGUUGAGAGGCUGAAGGCUCAGCUAAAGGAACUGCUGCGGUUUUCCCAAGAUGUGCAGCCACAUGCUGACAGCGUCAUCUCUGUAAUACGGGACUAUCAAAGUGUUAAAGGAAAGACAUCUAAAAUGAGUGCUGAUACAGAAACUCAACUGAGCAGACUUUUCCAAAAUCCCCUGCAAAGUUUUGAACGAUGGAAGCUAACUGUCCAGAUGCUUCUGGAGACUCCAGAGCCAGCGUUGGAUCAGAUUGAGGCUGCUCUAGCUGAAAGUUCACAGUUCAAAGAAAAGCUGAUGACGUUACAGCUGAAGAAAGAUCUGCUAAACAAUAUCCUUGGAGAGGAAAAAGCAAAAUCCUUCCUGGAAGAAGUAGCUGAAGCUUCAAAGGAGAGAGAAAUUUUGCACAAAAGUCUACUGCAAAGCAAAAGCAAACUCCAGAAUUUGAUAUUGCAGCAUAAGGACUUUGAUGCUGCUUUUGCACCUUUGCAGAAGAAAUUAUUUGCCAUCAAAGCCAAAUUAGACCUGGAGAAUGAACCACAGCCUAACCUCUUGGGUAAAAAGACACAACUCCAGAGACUCCAGAUGAUCCAAGAUGACUUGGCAGAGCUUGCAAUUCAAAUGGAAGAGGUAGAGAAGCUUGUUCAGUCAAAUGCAACGCAUAGACAUGAAAUGAACCAACUUACGUCUGACAUUCAGGCCCUGAAGAGAUCACUGGAGACGAUGAUACAGCAGACUGAAGAACAUGUUCAGAAGCACUGGGUGUUUAAUGACAAACUCUCUGACCUCCAGCAGUGGAUCACUGCAACCACUGAGAAGAUUGGCUCCUACCAGAGUGCUGAUGUGAAGCAGGGCAAUGAGAGCAGGGUGGCAGACCUUGAGAGAUGGCUAGCUGAGUUUCCAGAUAAGGAGAUCCAGCUGCACCUUGUGGAAGCUCAUGGCCAGCUGGUCAUGGAGAAUUCUUCCCCAGAGGAGACUGCCCAUGUUCAGGCAGAGCUGGAUCAGCUGAAGGAGUCUUGGAAAUCACUGAAAGAAAUGGCAACUGGUCUUCUCAAAAGGUGGCAGUUAAACAGACCGAUGGCUGAUAAGAAGAAAAUAACAUUUGUGGAUAGCAGACACGUGUCUGGACCAAUCUUCCAUUGUUUAGAUCUCAACCAUAAGCAGGAGAAGACAGCAGAUGGGCAAAGGGCAAGCAGCCACAGUAAGCUCCUGCAUGACUUUGAAGAGUGGUUACAAGGAGAAAACACCAAACUCUCCAAAAUUCUUGCUGUGAAUUUGUCUUCCACAGAGGAAAUCAAGACACGCCACAAAGAACUGGAGGAGCUGCAGGCUCGUGUGCCUGAUGGUCAGCGUCGCUUUGAGGACCUUCUUCAUUUUCAUCCUGUCAUUGGAAAUUCUGAAGAUCUGGAAGACCUGCGUUACCGUUGGAUGCUUUACAAAUCUAAACUGAAGGAAUCCAUGAGUUCUCCAAUUACUAGAUCUUCAGAAAAACCAGACAGAUUCAGAAAGAAGCGCUCUGGAGGCAUGUGCUCUUUCUUACAUCGAGUAUGCUGGGCAUCACUGCCAUUGCAACUGCUCCUCUUGUUCCUCCUGCUCCUGGCCUUCCUCCUGCCCCUGGCAGAGAAGACGCACAGCUGCACGCUGGCCAACAACUUUGCUCGGUCCUUCAACCUGAUGCUGAGAUACAAUGGCCCACCUCCAACCUAACUACUUGGCAUGGCAAGAGAGCAUUUGGGCUGACCUGGAAACACCCAGAGCAAGUGAAGCAAAGAUAAAAUUGCUGCUGCUGGAGGAAGGUUGUGAGGAAUGUACGUGCUCCAUUCUAACCCUGUAAGAUUCAAAAGAAAAUGCCAGCUUUUCUGUAACACCGUGCCACUGUUUGAAUAGAAUUCUUUGGAACGCAAAGAAAAUGUGCAUUUGCUAAAUCAUAUUACAAUUCAAGAUCAUUUAUUCAGUGUUAGGCUCUAACACCACCUUUUUCUGCUGCUCCUCUCAGUCUUAAGCCUACUGAGGCAAAGGUGGAUUUUGUCAGAUCCUCAGACCUGAGGUUGCCUCCAGCCCCAUGCAGUAAGUGAGCAGUGUGCUGCUGUAGCUGCUGCUGGCAUCUCUGAAGACCAGUGAUCACAGCACACGUGUGGGGAUGCACAGCUCUCACUAGCAGCCAAGUCAUUGCCAUUUUCUUUCCUGAGUCGCUAUGAGACACAGCCUGCCAAGGUCUCUGACAUGAAAGGGCUCCGCAGGCAGUUCCUUCUGGAGGAGUGGGAAACCACUGUGAUUUUAGGUUAACCCACAGGUUGGGUUCCCCGUUGCCUUUAUGAACACACUGAUCUUUAGCCAGGCCUUCGUGACUUCUCUCAAAAUGCGUGUGAUGUGGUCCUGUGCCUGCCCAUAAGCUGUCUCCCGCUAAGGCCCCAGAAGCACAAAUGCAAAUACUUUGGCUGACCAUAGCUGUGUCAAGAUCAGAACAGCAGCUCAAAUCUCUCCCAGAAGAGAACGGUGUAAAACAAGUGAAAGCUACGAAGGGAGGCAGAUGCAUUGCUCUGAGGGCUGCAGCCAGCGCAUGAAAGAAAUCUAUUUUAUUUUUUUUUACUUUUGAAAAGCAGAUUUUCAUCUUGUAGUUUCUUUUAUUGUGCAGCCAGAGGCCAGGUCCUCUGGAACCAGCGAGGAAAGUUGGGAUGACUCAGUUUUGUCUCAGACAUUGUACAGAGACUAGAGAAGGCUGUCUUCCAGCAGGAAGGGGAGAAACGGGCCUGGAAGUAGAUUAAACAGCUCACCUUUGUCUGGUGGAUGAGCAUUUUGUUGAUCAAGUUCAGACUGCAAACAAUUCUGCAAACAACUCAGUGGGAGCGGUACAGCCAAUGAGAAUUAUUAUAAACAUUUCAGAACACCUAAAUACUCUGAGCGGGGUUAUAUCUCCUAAGUCAUAUAUCAGUGGGUUACCUGUUUCAGUUAGCAGCACCACUUGGAGGAUAGAAGUAUCUGUUCAGGUUGCAGCAGCAAACAGUGGCAAGUCUAAUAAAUAGAAAUAUUAGGAAAGACCUCAAAGUGGAGUAAAUCAGCUCAGCUGCAUUGAAGACAUUGGAAAUAAAUCACUUUGCAGGAGUAAGAACCUGUCUUGUAGUCAGCGAGAAUCUUACUGAAUGCUUAAAACCUCUUCAUUUAGAGAGCUGUCCUCUGCCAUACGCCUGUGCCCUAAAUUGUAUGCACACGAAAGUCUUUGCCAGUGUAAUGAGGUCAUGUUGGAUGUGAGCAUUCAUUAUGAGAUUAGGUAAAUUAAGGGAAAAAAUACAUCAUUAACAAAGUCUUAAAUAAAGGAGGAUGGAGCAAGGUUACCGAAUGAGAGCUAUUUAAAUAAAAUCAAUCUCAGCCCUGGAGAGCUAACGGAGAGUGGCUUUCCAUGGACAAGGGCUGAUGGGGUGCCAAAGCCAAGCUUUGUGGCCAUGAAUGAUUAAAAGCAGUGGCUGGGGUUUCCCGGGUUAAUAGUUUAGUCUUUCUAAGUUUCAUUCCAUGACAUACCACGAACGCAGCCCCUGCUUCCAACUGCAGAAAAACUCCCCGAUAAAUGCAUGUUGCUGGAGCAAAUGAAACUGAAGUUUCAUCCGGUUUUACUGUAGCACUCGUGGUAUUAAGAAGGAUUGUAAUAUAAUCCUCUUCGAUGAAUAACCCUAACAGAUGUUAUCGGGGUUGCUCUGUAUGAGCUGCGGACCUCUCGCUAGAACUCCCUCUGUGGCGGUCCUGUUCAUAAAUUGUCCUAAUGGGCUGCCUGCACCAUCCGCCGCCGCAGCAGCAUGAAAGGGGUGGCUAUAGGCAGCCUUGAAAGCCCGCAUUAUUCCCAUCUGGUUUGCAUUACAAUGCUGCUAAAUAUUUCAUGCUUUUUGUUUUACAAACAAAUAAGAGCAGAACAAAUCUUUUUGUUUAAUGUUCCUUGAUCAACGUUUGACCGGGAAAGAAAGUUGGAGUUUUGUGUAUUUUGUUGUGUUUUGGGUUGGGUUUUUUUUCCACUUCAGAUCUUAAUGUGGCUCUGCAAAAGCUUUUAGUGGAAAAUAGAGCAGAUCUCCCUCCGCUUUUCUGGUGGGCUUUUUAUGGCACCGUUAAUGCUUAAAGAGAUACCGGGGCAAUCCAGAUGAUGAACACGCUGUUCAAUCAGCUGGGAGUUCUUCACUUGCAAGGAGAUAACUCGAUGAAGUGCAAACAGAGACAGGGAGCAGACCCUGAAUGCUGUCAGCUGCACAACGCUGGGGCUGCUGAAAGCACAGCAGCAAUCUGCGCCCCUGCCCUUCCCCAGCACCCUGCCCAGGUCCCCGUGCACAUAUCCAGAGUGAUGCGCUGAGCUGCAUGGCCACAAGCAAGCUUAACCCACUCAGCUUUAUGUGGGGGUCACCAGAGCAUUAUAACCUCAAACUGCAGGACCAAUUGUGAGCAGCGUGUGAGUAAUGUGUGCCCAUGCAGCCACGUUCAGCCCUGGCACAGGGUCUGCAAGGGGGCAGAACCCUCCCUGGGGUCACAGUCACUUAUAGAAAUGUGGGCCAAAGGCUUCCGGUGGUUUUCUCUGGAUCCCAAGUAAGCCCCAUCACAGAGUGGGGCCCCUCAGCUACUUCUUAGCAUCAGCUGCUGUGUCUGAGAUUGGGAAAAAUGCCUUCUUCACUCAGCUUCCCACAGCUGCCCAUCAGACUGUGCUGUCCAUCAGGUCCAAUCCUAGGAUGUAAUGCAAGGUAGGAAAAGUCACUCCAAAAAGGCUAACUGUUCAGAAAAAGUGAGUGUUGCCUCUCUCAACCAGGCUGUGCAAGAGGCUGACAGUGUGUCAGCAUGGACAGUUAAAUAAACACACUACAUUUUACUCUGUUAUAAUUUAUAUAUCACUGCAUAAACAAAAAGAGGUUUGUCAUAUUCACUUGGGAGUUGAAUGGUCUGUAGUUGUCACAGGAGGAAGGUUUCCCCAUUGCCUGAUACAUCAGACAUUCCAUCCCUUCCUCCAUUCAGAGGCAAAGUGAGCACUGACCCCUGUGCCGGCUUGCAAGGAGGCUUCAUGGCUACACUGAGCAAGGCACAGAAGCAGUAAAAUUAUAUACUGUUUUCUGUAUUUUUUUUCUUAUUUUUCUAGCAUUUUCUUCCACUUGAGGCAGUCUGAGAGUCUGACUAAUUCCCAACAGUCCUCUGUGAAUUAAGUCCCUUCUGAUAAUUACUAUUGCCCAAGCAGAACAUUGCCAUUCUUGAGCAUCUCUCUGCAAUGGCGCACAAUAGUUUCACUCAGGUCUGUAAAAACAAAUCCUAAUGAAAUGCAUUCAAUCAUUUUCAUUCUGGAGUUUGACUUUCCAUUUAAAAAAUUUCAAAUCCAGGAAUAGCAAAUGCCGAGUCAUAAAAGCUUAGGAAAUGGGGAGAAUCCAGAGUGCAAGGCAGCAUUACGGCGUCUGAUCUGCUGUCUCUGAUAAUACCCUCAUAAGACAGGGUCUUUUUUUUUCCAUUCCUAACAAAUGAAUUGCAGCGUGUAUGAAAUCUCCAGGGGCCAUCUGUGACUGUAAUUCAUUUACCGACCGUAUUAUGGAACGGAUUUUCCAGUGAGUUCAAAACUUGGGGCUGGGGGGAGGAUGGGACCAAUAUGAAGAAAUGGAUCUGCGAUCCAUAUCUGAAAAUAAAAAUAUUAUUCGAUUGUCAUAGUUGAUGGAUAAAGUGUCUGACGCAUCAGGCAAAACCAUAGCAACCAGAUAAAUAUGUUUAAAACAUUUAAUUUUGAUACAUUAAGAAUGAGUUGAAGCAGGAGCUUAUCGAAGCUGAAACUAAGCAGACAUUUCUAAGUUCCUAAAAGCCCCUGAUUUUGUUUAGCUUGAAAGAAAUGCUGCUGGAGAUAAGCUGGAAGAGAAGGGGAAGCUGGGCCCUGUGCACGUGGAGAGGUUCUGGCAAUCAGAGGUUGCAGACCCUUCCUGUUUGUAUUGAUCAUAUUGUUGGUACCCACUGAAAACCUUCAUGCUUUGCACCAGGCACUGAGGUUCUUCAAAAAUAUCUUUCUCCCAAGUCAGCACAACCACUUCCUCCUUCUUCCUCCUCUUCCAAAGGCUGCAGGCCUACUUGCCGCAUCGCGCUCACAGGGCGCCAAGGGGCAUCAGCUGGGAAGUGGGGUGGGAAUGCCAGGAACAAGUCCAGCAACCCACUCCACAGCCCCUUGGGGGAAUCCUGUGCUCUCCAUUAGCUUACAGAGAGGCCCAGAGGGCUGGUGAGGCUGACAUUGCCUAAUGCCGCUACUUCCACUGCACAGCUACUUUCAGCACGAGCAUAGCAGCGCAUUAAGGAUGAUGUGGCUACAGGUUGCAUUUCUCUUUUGUCUUCACAUACACAGCAGACAAAAUACCUCCAACAGUGUUACAGUGCCCACUGUGAGUUUUAGGUCAAGAUUAUGCAAUGCUGGCAAAACCUUUGUUGACAGAACAUGGUUUGUACCUGCUCUCUGGUGACAGUGACAGGGUCUGAGGGAACAGCAUGGAGCUGUGUCAGAAGAGGGUCAGGUUGGGUGUUAGGAAAAGAUUCUUCACCAGAGGGUGGUCAGGCUGUGUCCCAGCCAGCAUGAUGCCACAGACGCAAUUACUUUAUUUAUUUCUUUGUGGCCUUAGCCGGUCAGACCUCCUUGGAGGGGUCCACGUGCUGACUUUGCAUGUAGUCAGGCUCCCUGUUUGCACCUCCAGCUUGUACCAUUGCUACAGGGAGCUCUAUGGGGCACACGUGUGGGUACACACAAGGCUGUGCAUGCUCCCUCAAAGAACAGGGCAGGCUCCACAUCGAGGCUCCUCUAUCGAGGCCUGUGACACUUGUGUUUAAAUUCUAUCACAUCGUGCAAAACCUCUGCUGAUUCAGCCAGCCAAAACCAGCUGCUACUUCAUCUCUUGUUUGAAAUAGCAGUAUUUACUUUAAUUCUUGAGAGUGUCACAGAUAAUCUGUGGGAUGGACUCCUCAUUUUCCGUGCAGACCAAACCACACAGUGUCACGCACAGCUGUGGUGCUGCAGAAGAGUGAAUCAAUGUUUGGCUCAAAUAGAAAGAGAUAAAGGUUUGAUGUGCACUUUCCUGUAGGAAUAAGGGAGGGAAGGGAUGAGAAGAAUCUUAAUAUAACAGAAAUGUGAGGAUUUUGGAGACUCACAGGAGGAUAAAGGAAUCUGAAAUCUGUCAAGUAAAGAGGGAUCUGUUGCCUUCCUGAUGCAGGGGGAUCUAAUUACUGUUAGGUUUUUUUUGUGUUUUUUUUUCCUUUCAUUAUAAAGCAACUAUUGCAGGACAUAAAUGACCUUGUAGACGCACAUGAUACUGCUGCCAAAAACAUAUCCAUUAUCAAGUAAUACAUUUUCUGCUUGUAUAGUUCCAGUGUUCUCUUUUGAAAAGCAGUAAGUUCUCUUCUGACUGCCUUAUCGCAUUUCAGGAUGCCUUUAGUCAUGGGACUCUGCCUAUUCAGUAGUUCAUGUCAAAUGUAUUUCAGUAAGCAAUAUUUUGGGUUCUUUCAGCAUCGCCUUCCUGUUCCCCAGGGAUGGAAGUGUUGGACUUGCUACUUCUCCCACUAAAAUACAUCUGAGGUUUGCCACUGACUUCGUGGAGGUCACAGAGUCACAAAAUAAUACAUCUUCAGCCCAAGCCUCUCCAGAGUUAGGCUAAUUCACACCACCUGAAGUGUCUUUUUCAAGAAAUCAGGAGUUAAAAGAAAAUCAGACUUUGGGAAAAACAAAAAGUUGGAAGCAGUUAUCAGAGUGAGCCUGCAAAAUUUUAAGGUAGUCAAAUGGAUGACUGUAUCAUUGCAUUCCCUAUAUAUCACAGAACCUUGGUAUCUGUCACGGAGUAAGUUUAGACUUAAGUCAUACAACAGUAGUUCUUGAUAAAAAACAGUGGAAAAAAAACAAACGCUAGAAGCCAUCUUUCCCAAAAGGACUUACGCUUGUAUUUCAAAGUUGAGCAUGCUCAGCAUUUUGACUGUGUCUGUACAAGUAAAUUAAAUGUCUGCAAGACAAAUCCCUAGAACUGAGAGGAAUGCCAUGACCUAGUGUGAAACCAGGUGGCUGCAACUCAGUGCCUGUGGAGUCAUCUCUGGCUAGCCCUCAUUCCUGAGCUGUUCCCAGCAGCUGCUUGGGGCUGUGUUACUCAGCAUCCAGGCUGUGGGCCAUCCCAACAGGCUCCCCAAAUGGACAACCAAGCAGCAGGAGUGGGUGCUGCAGAAAGAAGUACUGUAGACACAGUUUAGAAUCCCAGCUCCAGGUAAGUACAUUGGUCUCCGAUAUCCAAACUUGGAUUUGAGUGCUUUGCUUUGAGAUACAAUAAGUACCACAGUAAUAAAAGAUUAUGAUUUUGUUAAGAGCAGAAAAAAAUAUCCACUAUUUCUGGCUUAGAGAGUGAGCCUUCUGUGUAGGCAAAAUAACUCAUAAAUGAAGAGUUGUGCCCUUAAGAAUAUAGCUACCUGCUUUCAUUUAAGAUAAAUUAAGACUGCUAUUGUUAUUUUGUCCCACAUUUUAGUCAAAGAUAAUAACACAGGGGGUGGUAGUGGUGAUGGUUAUUCUUAUUUCAGAGCAUUCAGAAAUUUCAGUCCCUUAGGAGAUGAAACACCACCAAGAUGUGUGAUACAACUUCCAACUGCAUAUUUGCAGCAAAAAAAAUGAGAAAAAGGGUUUGCAACAAGAAGUCUCAGAAACUCAGAAAGUAGUUCUGAUGUUUUCAAAAAGAUGCUUCUUGUUAGAGCCUGUCAGUUAGGAUAACCUUCCCAGCUGUGCUAAAAUAUUCAGUAUCCCACAUUCACACCAGGAGUAUUAAUGGCCUUUGCAAUCUGGAGGACGGCACAUUAUCCUUGUCACUUCGUGUUUUUCCCAAACUCUGAUGUCCCUCAUGUACUAACUUUAGAUACUUCAGGUUUUCUUGGCCUAAGAAAGAAGCCUAGUGUCAUCACCAGGCUGAUGUUCAUGGCUCUUUGCUCCCACCCAUCCUCUUGGCAUGUGGAUGAGGGCAGCAUCUGAGCAUGCUUUAAAAGAAUUCCAAGCUGUUGCUUAAGAGACUAGACAAAUGAAGCUUGUCCACUUCAACAGCAAAUACUUUGGCCUUGGCACGAUUAGGGUUGCUUUUAACUUCUGGUUGCAGGUGAGACCAGAUGAUUCUUUUACAGGAACUGAGGUGACCUACACCUAGCUCACUGUGAUGUAGGAAAUAAGAAAUAAAUAAGAGAAGAUCUCCUUCAAGGUUCAUUGUACCUCACAGAGGUACAAAGAGUGAUCUCAUGCCUUGCCUGGAAUUACCCAGCAGUUUAGAGCCUCAGGAUAACAAAGAUGGCAUGAUGGGUCCUUCAUGAGAAAUUCGGUUUUGGGGAUGGGGGAGAUAUUCUCAGGCCCAGAAAAUCCUUCUUGGAGCUGCCUUGCCCUGGGGAGAAGUGCAGCUCGUGCUCAGGGGAAAAAGGCACACAGGAGCCUGUAGUUUUGUCUGGAGGCUGUGAUUCCUGUGACUCUUCCACUCUUGCUUUUGAGCUGGGUAAGGCUCAUUCAGAUCACCUGGAAACUCCUGGCAGAUCCUUCCUUUGUUCUUUCAGGUGUGUUUGUAUUGACAUUUGUUUUGUUGCCUUUUUUUUAAAUUAUUUUUUUAACUGAGUUAAACUGAAGCUGCAGUAUGUGUUUGUGAGAGGUGAGAGAGGGCUUUAUGAAGGCCCUUAGCCCAGAAAACGCUCCAUCAGAAUUACCUUUUAUUGCACACAGGAUAUGUACUUCAUUUAGGAAAGACAACUUGAAUGAUGGGUGGAUUUUUAUGUCUAAUAAAGCAUUAACCGUGAUCUAAACUUUUCCUGUAGCUAAAGAUUUUAGAGUGUCUCCUUCCUGUGUGGAUUCUCUGAUGUCUUACAUAGCUGACCUCAUGCUGUGUGAUUUCCCUUCCUAGGCUGUUAAUAGCAUCUCUCUCCUCUACCUGUCUGCUUCUUUAACACAGAAAUUGUAGGAGCCUCGACUGUUGUGAUUCUCACUCCACUUCAAUCAGAUUUGGUUGAAACUGGUCCAUUCGUUCCAAAGGGAAGAGCAGACAGACAUGCAAACACGCACACAGAAACAGAGCAUGAUCCCAUAAGCCUUUUUAUCCAAGAUAAAAAUAGAAAACCAAUGAAAUAUCCAAAAAUGACUUUAAAAGAUCAGGAUUAGGCUGGAGACAGGCUUGUUCUCAUCUGCAGCAUUAAGCAUCAGCUUCCUGCUGACUGCCCUCUGCAUGCCCACAGGGUGCUGGGCAGCGCACUGGUUCAGCAGUGGAUGUGGGCACCAGGACAUUCAAUCAUCACCCUGUUGCAUAAAGACUUGUUCACGGGUGAAAGUGUAGUAUUUGGGGAGGAAAAAGGAACCAGAAAUCUGAAGCAUCCAUACCAUCUGAAGCGCAUGUAACAUCACACCAUGGCUUCCCGAGCUGACUCUCCUUAGGAUGACAAUCUCAUCAGGCUGUGAGACACCGAGUCCAUCUCUCCUCAUUCCCUGUGUAUCCCAGUGGAGCAUGGCCAAUCCCAAGUAAAAAGCCAAUUUACUGAGGAACAGUUUUUUACAGGCACAUGAUCUACUUUUCUCUGUCCAGCUAAAACCUUGGAUUUUUUGGUUUUGCAAAGGGUCCUGAGCCUUUUCCAUUCUGCCUGCUACUUGCCACAAAGGUUUGGUUGUGCUACCAAGCCAAAUGGAGAUAGAUGAAGAAAAGCACCCAGACUGACUCCACAAAAGGUCCAGAAGGUGAGGGAAACAUCAAAAAAAGCAGGAGGUGUAACUCAGCCAAUGCAAACAUGUAAGAAACCGUGCAAGGGCUCAGAAGAGAAACCAGAUUGCUGUUGAAAUAGCUGGUUAACAUUUUGUCUGGAAGCACAGCUUCAAUAAAAUAGGUAAGGAAACCAGCUAAGGACCCCCAAUGGCAAACAUAUUUAUUGAGAAUCCAAUAAAAGUCUCAGAACAAAUAGCCUGAAGGACCUGUAGACACAGCCUCUGCUGUAAUAAAAAUGCAAUACAAGGCAACAGGGAAAUGGUAAGGGAAAAGGGCUGCUCCAUGAGAAAACCAAACAGGAAUCCCAGAGCAUAAGGCCUGGAGACGCAGGCUGGGAUGUAAUAAAGUCAUUGCCAUUAGGGAAAAAGAAAGAAAAACAAAACAUCCAACAGAGGCACAAAGCAGCCCCAUAUACCCCAGCUAGUCUAGAAAAUCAGCACAAGUUGCCAUAAAAACACAUGGGAAAAUAAGAAAGGAAUAAUGACUGCAAAGCAAUCGAUGCCGGCAGGUACUGCAAGUCCACAGGAAGCAAAGUCAGAGGCAGUAAAGAUUGAGGGUGCCUAGGAGACGAAUCUGCACAAGGUGACAAAACAGAGGCCUCAGGAGGGCUCAAUCUCCACAUCAUAGAGAGGUUUGCAUUAAAUGCAAACCCACACCUUGCACCGAGCAGCAAUCUGUGUUUUAUUUAUUGUGGUCAGCAAAACAUCUCAAGAGGUGCAAAAAUCGGUUAGAGAAUUCCUGGAGUAUGAAGACAAGAAAAGUGGUUUCGGAGACAUCUGUUGGCUCCGAGGGUUUGACCUGUACCAGCAUAAUGUAAGAUUUUGUGAACUGUAAAAGCAGGUGGAAAAAUGGGCAAUUAUUUAAUGUCAAGUUCAUUGUGAUGUUCAGAACUGGUGAUGAAAAUGACAAGCAGGAAUUCAUAGGAAUACACAUGAACUUUUGGUACAUUAUUAAGGAAAACAAGUUGAGAAGGAAGAUGGUUUUCACUUUCUAUCGUUGUGUGCUGCAGGUCAUGGCCACAAAAGCACAGCUGCCCAUUGUGAAGUGAAUCCUCAGCCUAUAUGCUGUGCAUGGGAAAGGCAAAGUGCUGUCAGGAAGAGUGUACGGGCAGGAGAAGUCCAUGCUGGCACCUCAGCAGCAUGUCCUUACAGCUGCACGCAGCUCAGAGAACUCCCUGUACAAAAUAACAGCAGUAGCCUCCAGGAGCUAGCAGAAGCUAGUCACAAUGCACACUGAUUGUUCACGGGGUGAAAAAUAUUUCUUAAUGUGCUGAAAUUUUGAGUCUCAUCAAAAAUAUCAUUCAUGCAAAGAGGUUUUCCCUUUUUUUUAUUCACACUUCUGGAACAAACUCAGUUAACUACCUCAGAAACACAUUAGAAGUUGAUAUCAACAAAGCACCUCUUUGCUUACAAGCCUUUUAGCUAGGAAACCUAGCUCUGACACCACUGAGCGGUACCUCUGAAUCCCCUUCUCAAGUUAUACUUGGAACUGCUGGCAAAGAUGAGUUUUUUUCAGCAGCUCUGCUUCCACCUGUUUCUUAGCUCUAUUUCUUGUAUCAGUCCAUCUAAACUGCCUACAUUCCUGAAACCUGAUGUCCUGAACCAGACUUCCUAGGCUGCAACAUUCCUGGAAUUUGCUUGGCAUACAGCUCAAUGGUCAAGAAUGGUGUUUUUAAGAUUUCUGAAUUAUUCUUUAGCCCAGCAGGCCGUUCCUUGUAGCCUAGAUCCUUCCAACUCCCUUCGAUACCUUGAGGUAGAUCUGCUCUCCUCGAGCUAUUCACAGCAUCACUCUGCCAAGGAAACUGCAAGCUCCAGCCACCUCUUCCAGCUGUCACACCACCUGAUGCGUAUUUAUCCAUCACUGCCCACACAGUUUCCAUCUGCUGCUAUGCCACAAAGCGCUCCGAGGACACGGUGUCUGCAGUUUGCAAAGCCAUGCGUGUAGGGGUGCUCUCAUCACACGCAGGUCUGGAAAGAGGAAAACCUGAAAAGACCCAUUACAGCAAAAAGGUUAAGCUGUUAUGUCUGUGGUCCAAAAGAGCGGUGAGCUGAGCUCGUUCCACCAAGUCUCUUGCUAAUCUGGAGCUCUCAUGGGUGUGAAAUAUUAUCGGCUGUUAGAGUUAUUAACCAGUGUUAACCAGGUAGUGCGUGCACUGAGCUAUGUUUAAGGUUAACUGUGCCAUUAAGGGCUUACAAACUCAAUUAAAGAUUUUAGUGCUCAACAGUUAAUGGUUAAUUUCUGCAGAUGUCCUGUUUCCAAUUACUAUUCAUAUAUAAUGGAAGCAGCAUGGCAUCACACUUCUAUUCAGACAGACCUCUUUUUUUUUUAAUAUACUUUAUACCAGCAGAAGGUUUCACUUAAUUGUGUAAUACCCAAUAUUUAGUAUUCCUGGAGUGUCUCUGAAAUCCCUCUUAAAUCCCAAGUCUUUUCACCUUUCUUUUUCUAUUAUUAUCACCACUGCCAAUAUCACUUGUGCUCAUCAAACCCUGCCAGGACAGAGACACGCUCUCUGAGUCAUGCUGAAACCCUGUUGCUCAUUGGAGAGGAAGACACGUUGAGAGAUGUGCUUGUGUCUUUCUUCACCUCACAGUCACGUAGCUUCACUUUUUUUCUGUCUCACUGGAAAUAAUGUGAGGAUCUCACUCCUGAAAUGUAUCAGAAUCAUAGAAUCGUUUGAGUUGGAAGAGACCAAAGGAUCUCAAAGAUCUCAAGACAGAGUCUAAACCUGAGUAUGCCGAAUUUCAAACAUUUUAAGCACAAUCCAUCUCUUUGUAAAACCAACUCUGAUAAGGAAGGGUUUCACUAAAUCUGCAGUCUGAGUUAGCUGGAGAGCUCUGAGUCCUGGAGAUACAUCCAGGUGGGAGGAAACCUGCUACUGUCAGUAAUGAGAAAAGACUAAUAAAUCAUCUCUCAACAAAUGAGACAAAUAAAUUCAUAACUGGAAGCUGCAUUCUUACCCACUCACCCAUUAGGAAAAACCAAUUCCUUUCUGUACAUGCAAUUGUGAUAUUCCUCAUGAGAAAUAUUCUCAUUUCAACGAAGAACGUGAACACAUACCUAACCCUGCACAUGCAAGUAAAUCUAUGCUUAUCAUUAAAUUUAAGUCAGAAAUAUAAUUAAAUUGAAAUUAAAUAUGAAUUACCUUGGAAAGUAUGAGCUCAAAAUUCAGUAAUUUAAAUGCCAUACUGAAGUGGGGCCUCAGGGAAAAAAGUAUGCAGGGAGAUGCACACAGUGCUAGGCUUGCAGAACCCUCUGAGCUGGUUUCACAAGCACUUUCAGCCAUCUGAUGACUGUGCUGUUAUUCCAAAGGCAAGUCCCACCUCUUGGCCCUGCCAUACUUUCCCAACACAACAGUCAUCUGUCUGUUGGACCAACCAAACCAGCAAACUGAUCUGGAUGAAAAAGAAUCCUACAAAAAUAAGCUGAUGGUUUUUAAAUGGGUUUGUUCUCUGAUUCGUAUAACUAUACAGCCACACAUAAGACAGAGGGGUGUGGGGACAGGAGUGUUCCCAUCUCUUCCAGUGAUCACACAGCCUUCAGUCAGUCAAGCUGCAAAGGAAACCUCGUAUGCCCUGAUGUCCUGUUACAAAGUUCAACUCACUGGAAAGGUUUCUCACCCCUACGGUCGUUUCUGAUGUGAUAUAUUUUAUGUGAAAUUAUGGAUCUUUGAGUCAUUCUUUCAGGUAGAGGAAAAUUUCUGGAGAAUAUUUGAGGAGAUGAUGUUCUUUGAGAUUCGCUGCAUCAGUGCUUCCCUAUGGCUAUGUAAGCUACAGUUAGUCUCUGCAGAAAAGACGUGAGCCACCCAAUGGUAGAGAUCUCCUAAUUUUUCCCAAGAAAAAAAAUCAACUGGAACUAUUAUCUCCACUAGCAUAAGUGUGCUCAACCACUGCAGACUGGAAAAAGACAAGAAGUUAAUGGAAGAGAGAUUCAUCUGCAGCUAUUGAUUCCAAAGAGACGGUACCAAGUUCAUAUGAUAGUAUAUCUGAAAAUUACAAUGGACAGGAGAUGGUUGAGGCCCAGAGCUCACCGAGGCAUCUCUGUAGCUUUGGGGUGAGAGCUGUCCAUUUCAGGUGUAUAGAGUUUUUAGUGUGCAGGUAGUGCUGCUCUGGGCAGAAGUCCCAACACAGGUGAUUGUCCAGAAACUGUGGGAGAAACUCCAGGAUGGUGUAAGGUCCUUCCUAAUGCUUCUUGCUCCAAAUGUAAGGGACACAUUUUUACCUUGCCAUCUCCCACAGAAUUACAGACAAUUGGGCAACUUGAAAUGCCCCACAAGUCCCCCAAAGGGGUGACAGCAGUGCACACAAGUCUGCCAGUAAAGAACAGAUGAGAGGAGGAAUGAAGCAUGUAUGAUAGGCAUCAGUCAUGUCCCUCGUGACGUCAGUGGAUGAGGUUCACAGAGGUGGUGCAAGCACAAGCAGUGCAGGACAGGUCCAAGACCAGAAUGUUUACCUAUUAAGGGACUGACUGACUGGCUGACUUUCUCAUUCAUUUAAGCUAGAGGAAAUGGAGGAACAGAUAAUCCUGCCUGAGGACCUGUUUCCACUUAGUAUUGAGGACCUCACUGAAGACAUCUAGUUUUAUCAGGCAUUUAUUUUACAAUAGGGGUGACACCUUUAACCAAGACCAGGCCACCCGAGUAGAAAAUAACUCCACCUCCCUACAGAGAGACAAAAUCAAUUGAAAGGGUUUCUAAGACCUUGUUGGACUUCUUUUUUUUUCCUUCCUGGGUGGAAACUCAGAAAAGCACUCAAGUGAGUGGCAAAGUGUCUCACGAAUAUCUUUUAUAAUUUGGCAACCACUACGUUCCACAUCUAAUUUCAUUGCAGUACAUUGAAUGCUUUUUCUUUUUACAAUGGUUUUGCACCUUUAACAACAUGCUGAUUAUUGCAUUUUGAAACAACUCGCUUACUUCUUUUAGAGAAACUCAAGUGAAAAUUUCAUUUAGAAUGGCAACACCUGGAGAAAAUCAACAUCAUGUGACUCGUAGGCACUUCUAAACAGGAAAUACUCCAUUUAUUUUUUUAGCUGUGUUUGUGUAAUAAAGUCUAGCAUCCAAGUGUGAGCAACACAUUUUCUUGUUUUAUUAAACAGCAUGAAAGGAUUUAUUACUUCUCCACUGAAUGCACUUCUGGCACCAAAUGGAGCUGGACAAUAAUUGUCGGGCACUGAGUUUAACAUUACGAGAAAACACCUUUGGUGGAGUUCAGAGUUUAUUGUAUAAUGAAAAAUACACCUAGAUGGUGAGGUUUCCUUUGAGAGUUCGCUCAGUGAGUGUAAUCUCGGGUAUUGCUGCCUAAUAAAUUGGAUUCUUUGAAACAGAAAUUAAAGCACUGGAAUCAUA